CUUGCACUGAUUACCUCGAAUCUGGGAGAUUUCAAUGACCGUGUUGAGUAUAGACAGAAGGGAGUAAAACCACUCACCGAUUUGGCCGUCACCAUCGAGACAGGUUGGUGGCGGAGCAGACUGAUGAUUGCACUCAGCACUUGUUGUUGCUGCAGUGUAACAGCUCACCAAUACAAUGUGCCGAUCCUGGGAUUGUGGGUGGGGUUUCCAAUCGAUACCGAUAGGUAGGCUGAUCUUCCAAAGGGAGAGAAGGGAGGUGAGAGAUGAAUGAGACGUUUGGGGGUUCUUUGGGAUUCCCAACCCUGCGUCGAGGACUUGAGGUGUCUGUUGGACAGAUCCACCUGGUUGGAAGGCACGCACGCAUCAGUCGUCUCCUUCCAAGAUACUGUCAAGACUUACUCCGUAUCACAGUACUCCGUAUAUUCUUUCCAACGAGGUCUGUGUUGGAAGACGAGGAAAGAACCCUUGCACUUAAUGGCCGUCUUCGUCUUUGCUACUUACCUGCACUAUGUACACAGUCUCUCGCUAACACCAAACACUCCAAUCUCAGCCUCAACCAGCAACAAAAGCUGCCUCGCGAGGGAAUCUACAGCGCCUCACUGCAAAUAUCCAAGCACAGCAAGCAAGUCAACCAUAAAAAAACGGACAGGCAACGAACGGUAUUCAUAUUGUCAAUCUGACCUUCGACCAGCCGCGGAUCCUUCCUCCCUCAUUUCUUUGGGCGGCGCUGCCUUGGCGCGUGGCUUGCUGUAGUUGGCGUGGUGCAGAUCCAUCCCUCGAAUCCCUGCACCUGCACCUGCACCGGGAGACGACUAACAGACUGCAAAGGCGAAGGAAGCGAAGCGAAGAAGCGAAAGAAAGCUCGCGAACCCUGACAAUAGACCAAAGCCGGACGUCCAACAACGCUUUCCUCUCGGUAACGCGCGCGCGCAAAAGCCCAAGCCCCUUCUUCUUGAC